CAGGUUGUUUCAGCGACCUGUACUAUGUCGUCAUUUCCGGUUGACGCUCCGGUCUGAUCUGAGGUGAGUCCUGGAGCUGGAGUGUGUUUAGAAGAAGCCCCUGUAUGGACCAUGGAGUGUGUUUCUGCUGUUAUUGAUGAAUUUGAGUGUAAAAAGGAGACACAGAUAGAUGAUCCUGAACACAAUGUGUACACUCGCUUCAUGAAGUCCCACCGCUGCUAUGACCUGGUGCCAACAAGCUCCAAAUUGGUGGUGUUUGACACCUCUCUGCAGGUGAAAAAGGCUUUCUUUGCUCUUGUCUCUAAUGGAGUGAGAGCUGCUCCACUCUGGGACAGCAAGAAGCAGUGCUUUGUUGGUAAGUGGGCUAUACAGCAUGUAAAAUUAAUCAUCUGGUAUUCAUUUACUUUUAUGCUACAUACUAAUUAUACAUUUCUUAUAGGUAUGUUGACCAUAACAGACUUUAUCAACAUACUUCAUCGCUACUACAAGUCACCUAUGGUUCAGAUAUAUGAACUAGAAGAACACAAAAUAGAGACAUGGAGAGAGGUCUAUCUACAAGAUUCUUUCAAACCUCUUGUUAGCAUAUCACCUAAUGCCAGUCUGUAUGAUGCCGUUUCAUCCCUGCUAAAGCACAAGAUCCACAGGUUGCCAGUAAUCGAUCCACUGACAGGGAACACACUGUACAUCCUUACGCACAAGAGGAUCCUCAAGUUCCUCAAACUCUUUAUUUCAGAGAUGCCCAAACCAGCAUUCCUAUCAAAGUCUCUAGAAGAACUUAACAUCGGAACAUUCCAAAACAUUGCCAAGGUCCACACAGACACUCCGCUCUACACGGCGUUGGGAAUCUUCGUCGAUCAGAGGGUGUCUGCACUGCCUGUAGUCGAUGAUAAUGGAAGGGUGGUUGACAUAUACUCCAAGUUUGACGUCAUAAACCUGGCUGCAGAAAAGACGUAUAAUAACCUGGAUAUUACUGUCACUAAGGCCCUUCAGCAUCGCUCUCAGUACUUUGAAGGAGUUCUCACCUGUCAAGCACACGAGACACUGGAGGCCAUCAUGAGCAGACUGGUGGAGGCAGAGGUACACAGAUUAGUGAUAGUAGACGAUCAUGAGGUAGUGAAAGGCAUCGUUUCUCUCUCAGAUAUUCUUCAGGCUCUGGUGCUCACCAACGGAGACAACGGCUCUGCUUGAGCGGUGAGACGAGAGGAAGAGCGGAGCCGAGAGAGAGAGAGAGAGAUGUGGCUGCUCGCAAACCAGAGCUAAGAAAUCAUAGCAACUUAAGGCGAUGGACUUUCAAAGGAUAAUCACACAAGAAAAAAUCGGCAAGAAGUCCAUCUAAUGUUAGAUUGUAGAGUGCAAAGUAAAUCUCCCACAAGCCUCUCCUGUUAGGUAUUGAUGAAAUCCAGAUUACUUUAGCAUUUAAGUUGAUGUGUAACAGAACCUGUUUUAUGUCUAGAGAAAGGAUAAGCUCUCCCUUCUCUUCCUCUUCCUCUCGAGGGAGAACGUGAAAAACCAAGAGCAAUAUACAGAUGUGAAAAGGGUGAAGCACAACUGCAAUCAUAUUUAAAGCACACACCAAAAUCCUCUACCUGUAAAACCUGAAGCAGCUCUAAAGCCCACUGAAACCUGCAGCUUUUCAUGACUCAAAACCACAUAUUAGCAUUUAUUAUUAUUAUUAUUUAUUACACACACACACAGUGUAAUGAAGGGAGGGAUGGCGGAUGAGAGCAUAUCAGGCAGUAUGUAUAUAAAUAGGCUUUUAUGUUAUUUUGUUAUUUUUAAUUAAUAUCCUGUUUAAAGUAAUUAUUAUCCUCAUUCUCCAAAACAUGUCAUGUUACCUAAUGUAAUUUGUGAAGAAAAGUUUUGAAAAACUCACAUAUAGAGGAUUUUAUCUCUUGAAGUUAGACUAAACUGUACAGAGUACAGAUGUUUGAAGCAUAAGGGUCCUUCUAAACAUUCUUUACUAUUAGCUACUGAUCUGUAGUUUUAGUGACCUGAGCUGUUGUGUCCAGCAUCCAGUCUACUUUCUUUUUGUUCUUAGAACUAGACUGAUUAUUUUUUUUUUUUUUUUAACUGAACUCACAGUCCAGAACAUCUGGAAGUUUGGCUACUCAACAUGAUUUUAAAUAAACAGCUUAUAAGGUUUUUUUUUGUGUGUGGUUAUCAUCUAUCAUCCUUCACAAUAUGGUUGAAGUGAAUGCAUAUCUUUUGGUUUUGUUUUGUUUUGGGUUUUUGUUGUAGAUUACAUAGAAGCACAGUGAAGCACACGCUUUAGGUAUCUCAGUAUGAGCAUGACAGUAAACUUGAAGUCUUGUGUGGCAGAACAGUGGAGUCUCCUAGUUUUUCAUUCAAUUCAUUUACAGUGGUUUAACCCUGUUAGCUCUUAAUGAUUUCUAUAUAAAUUCUUUAAAACCAGAUUCAUAAUAAAUGCCAGUUUGUUUAACGUUAUUAAAUUUGGAUGCCAGGAUCAUUUAAGGAGCGUGUGGACGAUGGAACUGAUCAGUAAAUAUCGGCAGCUUCUUCUCUAGGUUUUCAGUCGUGGACGGCUGCUGCCCAAAACCAUAGGAAAGGAAAAUGUCCAGUCCACUGGAUUACCAUGUGUUUUUUGUUGCUUAUGCUUAAUCAGUGAUUGUUUUCUUCUUAAUGAGUGAAAUGUGUAUACAAAUAUGUAUAUAUAAAUAUUUACAUUUUAUAUUUCACAUGUCAAUUUAUAAUGCAUGAGUGAAAUA